AUGUUGGCAAGUGGAGGCACUGCUCCAUUGCACACGGCUACAUUUCUGGCCCACGCGACUGGUCACGACAAAGAAGUAGCACACGAACGCCGCCUGGCACUGGCGCUCGACAUUGACCAAGCGGCUCGCAUCCUGCUGCAAAAUCCCGCCCUCGAAGACAAGGAUGGCAACCGGAAACCCGAGCAUUGUCCCUUUGUAUGGAGGAACAGUGCAUGGACCCGGGAGCCGACCUACCGGGCAUACAAAGAUGGAGGAUUACUCGAAAGCGAGAAGGUGGUUCCUACCGUCCCCUUUCGGGUUCUUGACGCUCCGAACCUCAAAGACGACUAUUACUGCUCCGUUCUCGCCUACAAUCAGACCUGUCACUCCUUAGCUGUCGCACUGGGCCAAAAAGUAUAUCUCUGGACCGAACAGUAUGGCGUGCGCUAUCCACCACUCCCUCCUUGCCGACCUGCCGAUUUUGUGACUUCUCUAGCUUUCUCGUCUGAGAAAGGGGCCAAGGCGAUAUUGGCAGUCGCCAGGAACAGCGGGACUAUCACAUUAUGGAGUUUGCUGGAGAUCAGGCCACGAUUCGAUGCUCCUCAUCCUUGCGCAGCGUCCUGUGUGUCGUUCAAACCUGUCCAAACGCAGCGACCGUCUGUCACAGGGAAUGGCACAGUCAUGUGCGAAGACUUGGUCGUCGGCGACGACUCUGGCAUGAUAUACUACUAUUCUUUGGAGUGGCCCGAAUUUGCUCCUGGAUCAAUGACGCUUCUGGCCAAACUUGACGCCCACAGCCAGAAUAUCUGCGGCAUCUCCUGGUCACUAGACGGCAGGCACUUUGUCUCUGGUGGCAAUGACAAUCGGGCUUUACUUUUCGAUCCGUCAGUCUUCCUCCGAGCAGACCACCAGAGAGAUAUCUCCCCGAGUACACCUAGCCCCACGGCAGACAUGUUUGAUGACUCCAGCUUUUCGACGUCUCAGCUUCCCACACCCCCGGAUACGCCGCAGAGAUAUCGAUCGGCAAGUCACCGAGAAUCCUCCAACUUCGAUAGAGGAUCAGCCAACAGUAUGCACGAUACUGACCUAGCAACACCACCUCCAUCCCCUUUGCGUCCCAGCAGAGUAGUCGAUCACUCUCCAACCAUGCAAGACCUCAACCCGCCUGGUGAUCCCCAGACUGCUGUUCCGUCGAAUGAGUCUGUGCUUCACAACGCGCUCGUGGAUCCCGUGAUUCCUGGAGAUUCUAAUCUUCACAUCCAUUCCUUUGAUCACGCAGCUGCUGUCAAGGCCAUCGCAUUUGCUCCAUGGCAGCCGAAUCUGCUGGCGACUGGAGGCGGAAGCAAUGAUCGCCAGAUUCAUUUCUUUCACACAGGAUCAGGUGCAACUCUGGCCCUGAUCAAUGUCUUCUCCCAAGUCACUAGCCUGGUGUAG